GAGUGAGAUAAGAAAAGAACGAAAUCGCACCAGCCGCUUUUUUCAUUGUUUUUUCUCAAAAACAAAAAAGAUAUCAUGGAUCGAUCUGAUUCUCACCAACCUUUUGACGUUACCACCAUCGCCAGCACCUAUGUCCCCGAGAGCGCCACUGCUCCGAAUGCACUAACUGUUAACGAAUCAAACCGUGUUGAGACACAAGUUGCGCCAGUGGUUCAGCCAGAAGUUGAGCCAGUGGUUCAGCCACAGGGUGAGCCAGAUGCUGCUUCUGAGGCAGCUCUUGUUCCGGCGCAGCCUUCCUCAAACCGCCGUCCUUACACCGACAUGAUUUACGACGCGGUUGUGGCGUUGAACGAACCUGAGGGUUCCAGCAAGUGGGCAAUCUCCAGGUACGUCCAGAUGUUGAACCCUAAUUGUCCUGAUGGUCAUGAGGCUUUGAUGACUCACCAUCUCGAGGUCAUGAAGAAAAGUGGCAUUCUCACUAUGGUUAAGAAAUCAUACAAGCUUGCUGUCUCUUCUCCUCCGGGGAACGUGGCGGCUGCGGGUCAUGUGGCUUCCGGAUCGGAGAUUCCUCCGACUUACACCGGUCCGCUUGAUAUGGUGGUGGCUUCCGGAUCUGAGAUCCCUCCGACCAACACCGGUUCGCUUGAUAUGCUGGCUGUCACUGCUUCUGGCUCGGCUUCUCAGCCUCUGAAGCGAGGUCGUGGACGUCCACCAAAGCCUAAGACCGAAGCUCCACAACAGCAACAACCCAUUGAUGCUCAACCAAUCUCACAAGCGCUGCAACCAUCCAUCAAUGUUGAACCCAGCGCUGUCCAGCCAAGCGGGGAGGAGCAACCCGAGUUGCCUGUGACCAAUCCUUCCCCGGUGGUCACGGAGCCGGCAAAGAGAGGCCCUGGUCGUCCAAGGAAAGACGGAUCUGGUCCGAGCGUUCCAGCUUCGAAUCUGGCUGUAACGAUGAAACGAAGGGGCUGGCCAAUGAGUUGUAGAGCUUCAGGGAGAGAGAGGAAGCCCAUAUCUGUCCCGGCUCCUGACUCUAUGCUUCCUGUCGCCGCUAACGAUGCCGGACGUCCUGAAAGGCUAAUGAGAGGUGGAUCUGGCGGAGUCGCCACCCUUGCUCCAGCUGGUGAAGAAGCUAUGGCGGUUGCGGCCGUGAUGAAGCGUGGACCAGGACGUCCACCUAAGCGUGGACGAGGACGUACCGCAGGUAGACCCAUACAGGACAUACCAAGGCCAGUCACGAGGGCUACUGGGACUAUCCAAGAGGCCGGCCAUGGAGUACUCAAGAGAAAGCUUGACCUUGCUAGAGAGAAAGUAAAAGAGAUCUUGAAUGUGCUGGACGCUGGUAUUGCUGGGGACAAUCUGGCUGUGGCGCAAGCUGCACAAGAGCUGGAAGGACUGAUACAGAUGAUGACUGUGGAGCCACAUGCCAUGGAAGAAGUGCAGCCGGAGGAGACAGCACCACAGAUAGAAACUGAAACACAAGAAAUGGAACUUGGACAAGGAAGCGAAGGAGGAGGAGAACAAGCACAGAUCCAAACCCUGAGCCCUAACCAGCCACAUGCCAUGGAAGAAGUACAGCCGGAGGAGGCAGCACCACAGAUGGAAACUGAAACACAAGGAAUGGAACUUGGACAAGGAAGCGAAGGAGGAGGAGAACAAGCACAGAUCCAGACCCUGAUCCUGACCCAGCCGCAGCCUCAGAACCUGACCCAGCCGCAGCCCCAGACUUCGCCCCAGCUUCAUCCCGAGACCUUGCCGCUGCCGCUGCCUCAGACCCUGACCUUGAUCCAGCCCCAACCCCAAACCAUGUCCGAUCCUCAGCCCCAGACCAUGCCUCUGCCUCAAACCCUGACCUUGACCGAGCCUGAACCCCAGAUCCUUCGUGAACUUGAGCCUCAGACUGUGCCUGAGCUUGAGCCUCUGCCAGAGCUUGAGCCUCUGCUUGAGCUUGAACCUCUGCGUGACCUUGAGCCUCUGCCCUUGACCCAGUCCCAACCGCAGAUCCUGCCCCAGAUUCAGCCCAAUACAGAAGCUGAGGCAAUGGAUGAAGAUAUGUUCUGAUUUCUGAAGUAACGGUCCAACAAAACAGCGUAGACAUAGCCUUGGUGUUUGUGGUUAUGGUGUUCUUCUAAUAUUUGGGUGUUGGAUCGUCUCCGAAUAAAGCCUGUAAGGCAUUUUUAUUUUUAAUAGUUUGCUAGAGAAGAGACAAAACCUUUUGAUGCUCUGGUCAGUUUGUUUCUGUCUAUGGAUAUUUCCAGUGUUGGAUGUUUUCUCU